CCUAAAAUUCUCUAACAGUUUGAGUUUAUGUUUAUAUUUAAUUUAAGUUACUAAAGCUUAUGUAGUGAUCAGUUGUCUUUGUAUUGCCUUAAAGUAUAUUGUUAUAAUUAUUUACUGUGGUCAUCUACACAAUGGCUGAAAAACUUGAAGAUUUAAACUUGCCUAUCUCUGUAAUAGCUCGUCUUAUCAAAGAUGCAUUGCCUGAUGGAACUAUUGUGUCCAAAGAAGCAAGAUCAGCAAUCGCAAAAGCAGCGUCAGUUUUUGUGUUAUAUUUGACGUCAUCUUCAAAUAAUGUUGCUUCCAAAAAUAAGAAGAAGACAAUUAGUGGUGAAGAUGUGUUUCAAGCGAUACUUGAUACUGAAUUUGAAAUGUUUGAGGAACCUCUGAGAGAGUCUUAUGAAGAAUUUAAGAAAUCACAGAGGAUGAAGAAGGAUGCCGCUGCUAAAAAGAGGCAAUCAAAGGAAAUAAAAAAGGCACAAGACGAAGAUGUUACAAUGGAAGAAGAUGAAGCAAAGGAUGAAAAAGAAACUGAAGAAGGAGAUUAAACCAGUAUCCUAACUAAUUUAAUUUUGAUAUUUUAAUAUUAAGCUGAAAAGUAUUUAAACAUUUAUAAUAAAACAUAAAACCAA